AUGCGAAACAGUUGGUUGAUUCCACUUGCUGCGGCAGCAGUUGCCGAAGGCAAGGCCUACUCUCCUCCCGCCUACCCUGCUCCCUGGGCCAGGGGUGCAGCCGAAUGGGCUGAGGCUCACGAAAGAGCUGUCGAGUUUGUCUCGCAAUUGACCUUGGCCGAAAAGGUCAACUUGACUACUGGUAUUGGAUGGGAAUCGGGACAAUGUGUUGGUAAUACUGGAAGUAUUCCCCGUUUGGGAUUCCGCAGUCUCUGCAUGCAAGAUUCACCUCUCGGUGUGAGAGAUACCGACUAUAACACAGCGUUUCCUGCUGGCGUCAAUGUUGCUGCUACCUGGGAUCUCGAUCUUGCCUACCUCCGUGGUCGAGCAAUGGCCGAAGAGCAUCGUGGCAAAGGCGUGGACGUGCAACUUGGCCCUGUUGCUGGUCCCCUGGGAAGAGUCCCAGAGGGUGGCCGUAACUGGGAAGGUUUUGCUCCCGACCCCGUGUUGACCGGCCAAUUGAUGGCAGGCACUAUUCAGGGCAUGCAAGAUGCGGGUGUUAUUGCUUGCGCAAAGCACUAUAUCGGUUAUGAACAAGAGCACUUCCGUCAGGGCUCCCAGGGAAACUUCACCGUCGCUGAUGCUAUCAGCGAGAACAUUGAUGACAAGACUAUGCACGAAUUGUACCUGUGGCCGUUUGCCGAUGCGGUCAGGGCCGGUGUCGGUUCUAUUAUGUGCUCUUACAAUCAAAUCAACAACAGCUAUGCCUGCUCCAACAGUUAUACUCUGAACCAUUUGCUCAAGGGUGAGCUCGAUUUCCAAGGAUUUGUCAUGACCGAUUGGAGCGGCCAGCACUCUGGUGUUGGCGACGCUCUUGCCGGAACUGACAUGGAUAUGCCCGGUGAUGUCGCUUUUGACAGCGGAACUGCUUUCUGGGGCACCAACUUGACAAUCGCUGUCCUCAAUGGCACUGUUCCCGAAUGGCGUAUUGACGACAUGGCUGUCCGCAUCAUGUCUGCUUACUACAAGGUUGGCCGCGAUCGUACUCAGGUUCCUAUCAAUUUUGCCAGCUGGACUUUGGACACUUACGGCAAUGAAUACUUCUACGCUGGCGAAGGAUAUAAGCAAAUCAACGAGCACGUUGAUGUUCGUGGUGACCACGCUCAGCUCGUCCGUGAGAUCGGCGCUGCCAGUACUGUUCUCCUCAAGAAUGUUGAUGGUGCCCUUCCCUUGACUGGCCAGGAGAAAUUCGUUGCAGUCUUCGGAGAGGAUGCUGGUUCUAACCCUGAUGGUGUUAAUGGCUGUUCUGACCGUGGCUGUGACAACGGUACCUUGGCUAUGGGAUGGGGUAGUGGUACGGCUAACUUCCCUUACUUGGUUACCCCUGAGCAAGCUAUUCAAGCCGAAGUACUCAAGAAUGGCGGUACUUUCUCUGCGAUUACCCACAGUGGCGCCUCUAACACCACAAUUCAGGCUGUGGCUUCCCAAGCUUCCGUUUGUCUGGUGUUUGCCAAUGCAGACUCUGGCGAAGGAUACAUUACCGUUGACGAUAAUGUGGGCGAUCGCAAGAACUUGACAUUGUGGCAGAACGGUGAAGCCACGAUUGCAGCCGUUGCAGGCGCAUGUAAUAACACCAUGGUUGUUCUUCAUACUGUCGGACCUGUUCUUGUUGAAGACUGGGUGCACCAUCCUAAUAUUACUGCUGUCUUGUGGGCGGGUUUGCCAGGAGAGCAAAGUGGUAACUCCAUAGUCGACGUUCUCUAUGGCGCUGUCAACCCUGGAGCCAAGACCCCUUUCACCUGGGGCAAGAAGCGGUCUGACUGGGGAGUUGAUGUUUUAUACACACCCAAUAACGGAGAGGGGGCUCCACAACAGGACUUUACUGAGGGAAUUUUCAUUGAUUACCGGUGGUUUGACAAGUACAACAUUACCCCUACUUUCGAGUUUGGUUACGGUCUUAGUUACAGCACCUUUUCAUUCUCCAACCUCAAGGUGACUCCCGUAGCUGCUUCUCCCUACAAGCCAGCCACAGGAAAAAGUAAGCCGGCACCUGUACUGGGCAAGGUCCUGAACGCCACGGCCUAUCUGUUCCCUGAUUACAUCAAACGCAUCGAAGCCUUCAUUUACCCCUGGCUCAACACCACUGAUCUCAAGGCCGCAUCUGGCGACCCACACUACGGCUGGCCUACGUCGAAGUACGUGCCUGAGGGUGCUCAGGACGGCUCUCCACAGCCCGUCAACCCGGCUGGCGGUGCUCCUGGCGGUAACCCUGCGCUAUGGGACACUGUUGCCGAAGUCAGCGUGACCGUCAAGAACACCGGCAAGGUCGCCGGUGUCGAAGUGCCUCAACUCUAUGUCUCGCUCGGUGGUCCUAAUGCUGCACCCAAGGUACUGCGUGGCUUUGGUCGCGUCUCUCUCGGUCCUGGUGAGGAGACUCAGUGGACUACUACGUUGACCCGACGUGACGUGUCAAAUUGGGACACUGUCAGCCAGAACUGGGUGGUCACCAAUUACACCAAGACUGUCUAUGUUGGCAACUCGUCCCGCAAUUUGCCACUCAAGCAGAACCUGCUUCUCAAUAUUAAGAAGUAAUGGUUUUGAUAUAGUUAUUCUUUUCUUGUACAAAGAUUUGAACAGGCUUCUAGCUAUUUGAUUGAGCAAGAAGCUGUUAAUAAUGGAGGCACCUUGGUAAUUAGACAGAACGACUUUUGCCAAUUUCAUAACUACUUCAAUAGAUUCUAAUUCAAAACAAAAUUGAUGAAAAUAAAGAAUAUUC